AUGGAGUUCUUGGACGAAUUCAAGACCCGACCCAGAUUCCUCCUCCAAUCCAAGCAUCCGACCCGACCUAAUUUCGUCCACAAUUCCUCCCCGUCACCCUUCUCAUUCCUCGCCUCCCUCCACCGGCCGACCCUUGCGGUCUCCCUCGCCAUCUCCGUUGCCGCCUUCUCCCUCCUUCUCCACCGCCUCAACUUCGAGCCCUACAAAUCCCUCCUCAUAUGGGUCUCCUUCUCUCUCCUCCUCGGCCCCUUCGCCCCUCCCCGCCUCACCGCCGGCGACAUUCGCUUCGGCCUCGGCCCCCCUCUAGAGGAAAUCCCCGACGUCCCUCCCCCCGCCUCUGAGUCCGACGAGAGGCCAAUCAGCCGGUAA